AAAAACCCUAGUACAUAACUACAUAUAUAUGUAAUAAAAUCCCCUACCUUCUUGCCACAUCAUUACCAUUUUAGUCUAUUCACCAAAUUCUCACUUCAAAACCCAUCAUUCGUUUACACACCCAUACGCAAACUCUCAACUCACACCCACUGACCAUCAACAAUGGCUAUGGCGUUCAAGAUGGCGACAACAGGGAUGCAAGUAACAGAGGAAUGCAAGACUUCAUUCAUGGAGAUGAAAUGGAAGAAAGUUCAUCGAUACAUCGUUUUUAAGAUCGAUGAAAAGUCCGGAGGAUUCACCGUCGAUAAAGUCGGUGCUGCCGGUGAAGGUUACGACGACCUUGCUGCUUCACUUCCUGACGAUGAUUGUCGCUAUGCUGUUUUUGAUUUUGAUUUUGUUACGGUCGAUAAUUGUCGUAAGAGCAAGAUCUUCUUCAUCGCUUGGGCACCCUCAGCAUCAAGGAUUAGAGCAAAAAUGUUAUAUGCAACAUCAAAGGAUGGAAUUAGGAGGGCUUUAGAUGGAAUUCAUUAUGAACUGCAAGCAACUGAACCUAGUGAGAUGGGAUUUGAUAUCAUCCAAGACCGUGCCAAAUGAUUCUAUUGUAUCUGAAUAUUGUGUUUUAAUCUUAACUAGUGCUAAUUUAACAGCCCCUCAAAUCAAAUCUCAAAUUUUAUAAUUUAUGCCUUUCGAGUUCGAUCAAAGCUACAUAGGGAGGAGCUCUAAUUUGCGUGUUUGUUUUUCUCGCUCUACUCCUUAAUUUGAUCAGUAAUUCUAUAUUGGGUUCAAAUUAAGUUUUUUUUUUUUUUAUUUAGGUUAGAUUGUCCCCUUUAUUUUGUGCAAUCUUUGCCCUUGUUUUUCCAUAUCUUUUUUUAAUACAUGGAAUGAAUUGUUUGGUUAUGUAACUUGUAUGUUAAUCUU